AUGUUGUCGCGAUGGGUUCCGAAAGGCGGCGCGGACGCGCUCAUGAUCGGAGGCGAUACGAAGGACCUGUACUACCUCCCGCGCGACAUCGGGUCGGCGACGGUGGUGCUGCAGGGCGGCAAAGAGAGCCUCUGGAGCCAAGCGGGGACGCAGGCGCAGGUGCCGCUGCGGUUCCGCGACCGCCCCGCAGACGACCUGCGGUGUUUCCCAGACGCGUCGUUCGACGCCGUGGUGCUCCUGAGCCCCCUCGCGAAGGUGGGGGACCCUGCGGCGUGCGUGCGGGAGGCUGCGCGGGUGCUGCGUCCGGGCGCGCCGCUGGUGGUGAUGCAGCGGCUGCAGGCGGGGGGCGUGCAGGUGGUCGCGGGCGGCGGGGCGAUAGACCAGGAUGCGUUGCUGGGGGCGGUGGAGGGUGCGGGGCUGGAGGGGGUGGACUGGGACGUGGCGCUCGAGAGCCUCGACGCGCACGCGGUGGGGGUGGGCCGGAAGGGCGAGGGCGGUGGCGGGCAGGACGUGGAUAGCGAGGCGCUGCGGACGAGGCGGAAGAAGAAGCGGCGCGGGGGCGGCUUCAAGUAG